GCACCGCGCAUGCGCCUGGCGCCGGCGGCAGCGGGACCCGUUGCGAGCGUAUGUGCGAGCUCGCUGCUCCCGUGUGGUGGGCAGCGCGCGAGGGGUCGGGAGCUUGCCGGCCUCCGGACAGGCUCGCGCUCUGGCCGCCACCGCCAUGUCCGCCACCAUCGAGCAGGAGUUCCAGGAGAUCGAUGCCACUAACGACUGGCAGGCGCGUUAUCUGGAAAUUCGACAUAAAUCCAGUGACUACCCUCAUAAAGUUGCAAAAUACCCAGAAAACAGAAAUCGAAACAGAUACAGAGAUGUUAGUCCGUACGAUCAUAGUCGUGUAAAACUGCAGAACGCUGAGAAUGACUAUAUCAAUGCCAGCCUAGUGGUCAUAGAAGAAGCCCAGAGAUACUAUAUUUUAACACAGGGUCCACUACCUAAUACAUGUUGUCAUUUUUGGCUAAUGGUAUGGCAACAACAAACAAAAGCAGUUGUCAUGCUGAACAGAAUUGUUGAAAAAGAAUCGGUGAAGUGUGCACAAUACUGGCCGACAAAAGAAGAGGAAGUUAUGACAUUCAAUGAAACAGGUUUCCGUGUGAGGCUAGUAUCUGAAGACUUCAAAUCCUAUUACACAGUACAUCUACUGCAAUUAGAAAAUAUCAAUAGUGGUGAGUCCAGGAUGAUCUUUCAUUUUCAUUAUACUACAUGGCCAGACUUUGGAGUUCCUGAAUCUCCAGCUUCAUUCCUGAACUUCCUGUUUAAAGUCAGAGAGUCUGGCUCACUGAGUCCUGAACACGGACCUGCAGUGGUUCACUGCAGUGCAGGGAUAGGACGUUCUGGCACGUUUUCAUUAGUAGACACUUGUCUUGUUCUGAUGGAAAAAAAAGACCCAUUUUCUGUAGAUAUUAAGAAGGUGUUACUGGAUAUGAGAAAAUACCGAAUGGGACUUAUUCAGACUCCUGAUCAACUAAGAUUUUCAUAUAUGGCUGUAAUAGAAGGAGCAAAAUUUAUAAUGGGAGAUUCAACUAUACAGAAGCGGUGGAAGGAGCUCUCUAAGGAGGACCAAGCACCAAGUUCUGAGCAGUCUCCUCCACACCCAACCAGAAUAACCACAGAGAAGUACAAUGGGAACAGCAUAGGCCUGGAGAACAAAGAUCAAAUGGAGAAAAUAAAUACUGACCUGUCCACUAAAGUUCAAGAUAUCACAGAUGGAAACAUUGAAAGUACUGUCCGAAAACGACUGCGAGAGGAUAGAAAAGCAAACACAGCACAGAAGCUGCAGCAGAUGAAGCAGAAGCUAAAUGAGACUGAAAGAAAAAGAAAAAGGUGGUUAUAUUGGAAACCUAUUCUCACUAAGAUUGGGUUUGGUACACUGAUUUUAGUUGGUGCUUAUUCUUGCUGGAAAAUGUAUUUUCAAGAACAUUCCUUGUAAGUAAACAGUAAGCCUGUCUGCUCCAGCAGCUAAUUUUGCUGAAAGUUAAUGACUAGGGGUGUGACUUUAAGCAGUAAACUCCCUACACCUGGAAUGGGUACAGACCCUUACAUACCACAGAGCAGCGAUGUAAUCUUGAUCACAUGUCAACAUCUCAGGACUUUCCACUGCAGGUACUUACAGAAAUGAACUGCUGCCCCUCAACAGAGUUUAUGGGUUUUUUUGUUUAUAUGAGCAGGUACAAACUUGCUGCAGCUGUUUACAUACUUCUUAAAAUGGUGUUCUACCAGAUCCUAAGCAAACCUUGAACCACAGAGGUUUAGCUACUGAAGGCUGUCUGGAUUUAAAUUUACAUGCCUGACAUAAGCAAUAAACAGUGUUGUAUCAUUUACAUUAUUAAUGCAAAGAAGUUAUCCUUAAAUGUGUGUAAUGUGUAAUGUACUAGUGACAUGAAUAUAAACAUUUUAUAUUCUUAUGACCUAGGAUAAAUAUAUUUUAUAAUUGCAUAUUUAAUCUUUUUGUAGUUCACUGUACUUUUAAAAGCUCAGUUUGUACAAAUUUCUGACCAAAAAGAAUUUGAUUUUGAAACUAAAUGUAAUUUGUGCAUGAAAGUAAUAGUGCAACCAUUCCCCGUAUUUUGACUCUCAAAUUUAUGAUACGAGCAGCUAGGGGUCUGAUGAAGCACUUAGUAGUUUCUACUCUGUUAAUUUGCAUUCCAUAUUUAUUUUUUUUGUAGUUUUCAUUAUUUAAGUAAGAUUUGGCAAUUUGAAUUUUUUAAAGGCUUUUGAGAACUUAGCCCCCACUGAAAAACAUACUGUUAAGUUGAUUAAUGUAUUCAGACUUCAGCUACUGUUUGAAGGCCAACAUUGUUAAAGUUCUGACAUUCCAUUAAAUGUGAAGCAUAAUGUUUUGUGUGUCUAUAGAUUUUAAUUGCUAGAAAGAAUAAAAUUAAUCCAUCAGUAAUAGGUGUAGAAGGCACAUCAGAGGAAACUAUAGUUGGACUUCUGAGGGUGGUUAUAAUAGAAAACAAAUGUUGGCAGCGUUCUCCUGUACCUGCACAAAGUCUAGAAUUGCUUUUCAGGUUCCCCAGCACUGUACUGAAGAGGCAUGACUUAAAACACUUAAUAACUAAUAGUUUGGGAAUACCUGUACUACAGGCUCUUUAAAAUUACUGAGCGCUCCCUUUCCAUUAGUUGGAUGAUAACACUUUAUAAAUAGUCAUUCAACACAAGUCACUUUCCAUCCUUUAAAUUCUCUUUGACUACAGAGAUUGUCUGUGGCUGUAUGUCACUUGCUGUCAUUCAAGUUGAGACCUAACAAUUUGUAGUAUCAGACUGCACUUUGAAACCUGGAUUUUAUUUAUUCAGGCAUUGCCUUGUUGGAUGACUUCAGAGAAGUCGUGUUUGCUGUCUUCAUUUUUUUCUAGCUUUGGUGUUUUCUGUUGGAUAUGAGGGUUUGGAGUUUUUCUGUAAAUUUUUUUUUCCCCUCCCCCCUCCUUUGGUCCUUUUGUAAAGCACUGUUUGGAUUUACUGCUGAAAACUACUAAAAGAACUAAAUGAUUACUUUGCUCCUUAUCCAAAGGAAUUAACUGGAAAGGUUUCCGGUAUGUUCAAGCUUAGUAGUAACAUAUCAGGCAUGGGGCCCAGAUAGUCUGACGUUUACUACGCAAAGCUAAGUUGAAUUUACUCUUUGAAAUACUCAUUUCACAAUAGCCAAUACUAUUUUGGACUACGCUGUUUACAUAGUAAACAAAUUCUUAAGGGUCCAGAUAAGGAAAACAAGUGUAGUUUCUUAGAACAUACGGUUCUGAAUUUGGGGAGUUGUGUGUCAGUAAACCAAGGCGGUUUGUCCUGUGGCAUUACUGACCAAACUCUGCAGCUCUCGUAGCAAAAUGACUUACCGAUUGCUUUCAGUGUAGGCAGGCAGCUUACAUAUAUUGAGGUAUUUUGUAAUUUUUAUAACCACAGUAACCCUUUUAGCCACCAAGAGGUUUGACAGAAUUUUUUUUUUUCCUUUAAAUUGGGAAGGCAGGUUUUUCAGUAUCAGCUGUAACUGGUAGUAGAUGGAAAUGUAUGUGCCUUAUGAAAGAUAUUUUGGUCGUGGCAAAAUACAUGGAAUGUAAUUAAAUGUUUUUGUAACAGAAAUAUUCCAGAUUUGAUUCUAAAUACUUAAAAGCAGCUAAGGAAAAAGUGUAGGUGACACCUUCACUGAAAUCAUACUGCCAUUUAUCGCCUUUCUCUUGGCACAAGGAGGAUUUCCUGGGCCACCGGGAUCCUACAGACACUGAGCUCUAACUGUGUCUGUCAAGCUGUCGCUUGAAUUUUUUCCUGAUUCCAUCUUCUAAAUCCUGCCUUUUUGUUCUCUCCAUCCUCUCUUCUGGGUGGGGCAGGGUGGGAGGAGGGCAUCUUAGAUCAUCUCACACUCUUUUACCUUCUUGAUGCAAUAAAGCAGGACUUGCACAUUCAGCAGUUGAUCUGUAAACAUUUGGGUUGGUUCCAUGAUUGUAAGUAUCUCGAGAGUCUUCACUGUUAAUAAUUUAAGGACCACGAACCUAUGCAAGUCUCGGACAAAACUGUUUUGUAGAGCAAAGUGUCCACGACAGGAUGGGCGUAGGAAGGGAAAUGAAACAUCAGAUCCCUUGGUACCUGCCAGGAGAUAAUUUGGAUAAAACUCUGCUUUCUGGCCUGCCAGUAAUCUUAGAACCCAGAACCCGGGGGAGGCUCGUUCUCUUUAGGGCAAACUGAGCCCUUGUGAUACUUCGUUGUCCUGCAGGAUUUAAACUUGCAGCAGUUUUGCACAACUUGGGUGUUAAAUAGGAACAGAUCCGGGCCAAAAUGAACAACUGCCCAUGCCAGUGACCUCUUGGGUAGGAAAUGCUUAAAGAAAGAGGAAAAAUGCAGGACGUGCCUUCUGACCCCCUUCCUGCCUCCCCCGCCUCAAUUUCUGGCAAGCUGCUGGCUGGUCCUGGGCUACUUCUAAAUUGCUGUUGCACUCGAUUCAAAGUGUUGCUGCAUUGGGUUUUUCCCUCUGUUCUAGAAAUACAUCAGUCAAAAUAAUUGAUGCAUAGUGGACUUCUUUGAUGAAACAAUGUUUGACUCUCAGAUGAACACUUGUGUACAAAUCAUGCAUAUUUUAAUUAAAAAAAUAAAUCACUAAUAGACAUGUGGACCUCCAUUGCGGGGGAUUCACAAAUUUGGAGUUAGUCCUUUAGGCUUUCUGUUUAUGCUCUUGGUGCAGGGAUGGUCCACUUAGUGACAGUACGUCUGUAUUUUUCUUGAAAUGUAUUAAGUAAACGAGUUGAAUUCAGCGUGAAAUAGUGAUUUGAAAGGAAAUUAUUUCAUGGGAGUGAGAUGUUGCAAGUGAAACUUUGCUUCUUUUGUUAAACCUUGAGUAAAACGGUUUACUGACAUCAGUUUAUAUCCUGCUGAAAAGGGAAGAAGUGUAAAUGUGUACGCAUGUACGUGUGAUUGGAUUGUGCAAUUAAAAAGCCUGGCUAGCUUUAUGUUUAAUCAAUGUUAACCAAAUUAUUUAGUUUGCUCUUUGGCGUUAUAGUUAAACCUGAGACACUUGAGGACUGCACAAGAAACUAAAUUAACGCUGACAAAAGAGGAAGUCUUCUGCAUGGCCAGGUGGCUUAAGUCAGAGGACGAAAAGUUGCAAAGUUGACGUAACAUGCAGUAGUCUUCCUGGGCUUUUUUGUUUUCUCCCAAAGUUUUAGGUCAGUUUUUCAUUUUUAUGUAUGAAAAAUAAAUGUGUUCAAAAUUG